AUGGUGGAGAAGGCCAGGGCUCACUUCCGCCUGGUCAUCGUCGACGGUCGCGCCUACGUGGAGAAAUACGACCGGAGCUUCCAGACUAGGGACGUCUUCACUCAGUGGGGGAUCCUCCAGCUCCUCCGCCGCUACCCGGGAAAGCUCCCCGACCUGGAGCUCAUGUUCGACUGCAACGACCACCCCAGGAUCCCGAAAAGCCCGGCGGCGGGGCCGCCGCCGCCGGCGCUGUUCCACUACUGCGGUGACGAUUCCACCGCCGACAUCACCUUCCCCGACUGGUCCUUCUGGGGCUGGUGAUGCCCUCUUCUUUCAGUGAUUCCCUUGUGAAUUGACGAAUCUCCUCCCACGGUAGGGGCUGAUUUUUGAGCUCGAUGGCGCCGCUGCAGGCCGGAGGUCAACAUCAAGCCGUGGGAGCCACUAUCGGCGGAGAUGAAGGCGGCGAACCGGCAUCUCCGGUGGGCUGACCGAGAGCCCUACGCGUAUUGGAAGGGGAACCAGUGGGUGGAUCGACGGCGCCAGGAGCUCCUCCAGUGCAACGUCUCCGACAAGCAAGACUGGAACGCCCGGCUCUACCCCCAGGUCAAAGGCUUCCUGUUUUCCUGACUAUUGUACUAUUUAUGACGUCAUUAUUCGUCACCCAUUAAUCUCGUCCCCCGCGUGGAAAUGCAGGAUUGGGUCGCUGAGUCUCAGAAAGGGUUCGAGAACUCCGACCUGGCGAGGCAGUGCAAGCACAAGUGAGGGAAAAAAAAACUUAAAUAGUGGGGACGAACCCAUUUUCUUGCCAUAUUUAAUGUGCUAUGAUUUUGGAAUGGUUUCAAUGGGUUGAAUUAUUUCCCAUUAAAUCGAGAUGAAAAUUCAGGGUUUGACGAUUUGUCGUGGCGGUAGGUACAAGAUCUACAUCGAGGGCCGGGCGUGGUCCGUCAGCCGGAAGUACAUCCAGGCCUGCGAUUCGCCGGCCCUGGUUGUUGCGCCGCGAUACUACGAAUUCUUCUCGCGGGGGAUGGCGCCGCUGCGGCACUACUGGCCGGUGAGGGCUGACGCCAUGUGCGCCGCCAUCAAGUUCGCCGUCGACUGGGGAGGGCACCACCAGAAGGAGGUGAGAGGAGGAGGGAGGUCCCCCCACCGUCUGCGGCUGUCUCUCCGUCUUUUCCGGCGGCGAAUCAUCACCGGUGCUCCUCCGUGAAAUGGGCAGGCGCAGGAGAUUGGGAGGAAGGGAAGCUCCUUCGUCUUCGAGGAGGUGAAGAUGGAGUACGUCUACGACUACAUGCUGCACCUGCUGACGGAGUACGCGAGGCUGCUGCGGUUCAAGCCGAUCGUCCCGCCGGGGGCCGUCGAGCUCUGCAGGGAGGAGCUGGCCUGCCCGGUGGAGCCCCUGGCGAGGGAGUUCAUGAGGCAGUCGGAGGUGAGGGCUCCGGCGGCGAUGCCGCCAUGCUCGCUGCCCCCUCCCAUGAAGCCGGAGGAGGUGAAGCUACUCUGGGCCGAGAGGGCCAACGCCACGCACCAGGUCGAGCUCUUGGAGACGAGACCUCUCGCUGACUCGGAGAAGAAACCCUAG